UGAUGCCUGCUUUGGGAAAUAAGUUUUCCAGUCGUUGAUGUAAAACAGCAUCCUCCCUCAGUCAUUUUGUGUGACUCUCAGACGUGGUAGGUCUGCUCUCACGGUUUAUGUAGAGAGAAAGAAAAGUUAUUGGAGAGCUUUGAGGAGUUUGUCAGCGUUGUUAAGGCUUCUCUCAGUUUUGUGAAGCCAUUUAUUUCGCGCCUGCUAAUGCUGAGGAAUUGAAGCAAGAGACAAUGCAUCUGUUCAUUUUUUAUAUAUCUGAAUUAACAUUGUAUAUAAGUUGAGAUAAUCUACAUUUCACUCUGUAUAAAAUCACAAAGCUAAAGGUCCCUGAUGGCAGAGAGCCUGUUUCCACUGCCUAGACCUCUGCAACCACUGUCAUACAUCAUUAUUUUGUGCCUGUCAUUGUACCACGGUGCCACGUUAAAGGUAGCUGUGGUCAGAGUGCCUUGAGUUCAAGUUGACUGAUGUAACAUUGGAAAACAAAUACGCGAGAGAUUCACUGGUAAAGCAUCCGUUUUGUCUCCCUCCGCUGCAGCCCGCACAGCGGGUGGUGAGUGCUGUGGCCCAGACAGUCCGGAGGUCUGUAUAGCAUUAGAGUGGUCUAACACUGUUGGUAGCCCCAGCAGCGUAAAUAGGAUGCUGCACAGUGGAAUUUGUUUUUUCCUGAAGUUUUAUGUAAGGGCUGUUCCCCAUCCUUCACCCAGUUGCCCUCUUUCUCCUCUCCACCCUCCCCCUCAAACUGCUCGGAACUGAUAACUGCAUGUACGAUAUCUUGGCGCGGUGCAGAGGUUGCUCUGCAAUCUUAAUUCACUUCCUGCUGUAUAAAGUUUUACAACGCUGUCUUUACUUAAAUUAUUGUAUGCUAUUUUUCCCCCAUGAGACUGGGUUUUCUCCUGUUACACAGGAUUGAACUUUUCUCAGGAAUAAGUUAGAGCUGAGAACUUGUGCUUCAAUUCUGGCAGGAUUUGGACGGUGAAGUGGGACUGUGGGAAUGAAAGAAUUUUCUCAUUCAUAAUUAAGGCAGUUUAGGGCCGGCUUACAGAAACGGGUUCAUAUGUGUUGCUAGGCAAGCCUCUUCCACCAGACUUUCCACUGUUGUAUUUUCACUACUGCUUAGGUCCCCCUGGAUCAGAUCUGCAGAAUUUCUGACUAACAACUGGAAGAGAAGUGAGCAGGAGCUGUGCUUUGAGCAUAUAAACCAUUAUAUAGCGUCACAUACUUCAGAAAGUCAGGCCUCGGGCAUGUCAAACUAGGCACCAGAAACUGAGGGACCUACCUUACCGGCGUGAGAGGGGGAUCACACAAGCAUACUGUGGAUUUCUUGUCUGUACAUGCUACUUGAUUGUGGUCUGUUUUUUACCGAUCCACCCAAAAAGAGAGAAGAAGAAUCAAGCGAAAAUCGUCGUCGCUUCUGCCUGAGAGCUGGCUGAAUUUUAUGACGCCUGCUGGGGAAACUACCUGGGCUGUUAGUAAGGGAGCAGCUGGUGCUGCAUCUCUGGUCGGCAAAGCUCUCUGCAUGGAGUACAGUGAUCAAGUUGCCUUAACUCAAACCGUAUGCGAGUUGUACUAAUUGCUGUAACCGUAUUGCUGAUACCACUCCAGACUUCAAUAGAGAUUUCCAAGACAGUAGUUUCUCAUGUAGUGUGAAUAUUUUCAAUUGACAUUUGAAUGUUUCUGUUAAAUCUGGCGUGGCUGUGAAAAGCGGAGGGUGAAUUUUUUCCUGCUAAGUUCAUGGUGAAUUUUGAAGCCUUACUACCAAGUGGGAUCCAUGCUAUGGCAGCAACCUACAGGCUUAUGGUCACCACUGUGAACUGCUACAGCAGUGUGGUGAUAGACCGUCACUUUCAGCGCACAGUGCAUUACUGUACGGGGACUUGCCAGGUGUUUAAGCAAGGAGUCACGUGUAUAGUUGCUCAUCACAGUGUUUGUGCGGAGCUCAAUGUCCAAGAUGCCAACCUAGACCCUAAACUUCCUGUUCCUGAAAAUGGGUUUGCCUUGUCUGGGAAUGAGGACUAUCACCAAAUCCUCCCAAGUAAUCCGAGGCUGAAAAAGGGCUCUUCAAUGCAAGCCACUGGCAGUUUAAAAGACAUUACUGGGGAGGCAAUAAACCUUGCCAGUGGGAAAAUAAAGGAAUUCUCCUUUGACAAGCUCAAAAACUCUUCCAGUCACGUUGCCUACAGAAAGGGGAGGAAAGUUCGAUCAGAAUCAUUCAGCAGACGAUCUUUUGAUUUUGAUUUGAUUUAUGGGCACUUCAACAAUGAUGAGAAUUGCCCUCCGUGUGGCUUUUUGCAGAGUCCCUCACCUGGGGAGAAAUGGCAGGAGAGCAAUGACUCUCCAGAAGUCGGCAUGAAUUCCAUGGCUCCCUUCACCCCUCAGUCCUUCUUUGAAGAAAACUUCAUUACCCAAAUUUUGGAAAAACACAAGCUGGAUGGUUCUUCUGGUGGAGAUAUUAAGGUGUGCUUAGACAUCCUGCUCAAGUGCUCAGAGGAUCUGAAAAAGUGCACAGACAUCAUAAAGCAUUGCAUCAAAAGGAAGUCUGCAGACAAUGUUAGUGGGGGGAACAAUAGUGAUCCCCUGGCUAAUUCAGAAAUGAUAUAUAUGAAUCUGAUGACAAGAUUUUCUUCAUACCUAAAAAAGCUACCAUUUGAGCUCAAGUCACCUGGGCUCAAGGAAGCCAGUGACUUGGCAGACUUAGUUAACUGUUUUCAUGGAAUGCAGCAGACUCCCUUUCCCACAGUAUUUGGAGAUGAGCAACCACCUAGGUAUGAAGAUAUUAUCCAGCUGCCAUCUUCAGGAGCAGCUCCUCUCGGACUACCAGGUGAUCAGUGCGAGGUGACAAGCACCACUCAGUCCAUCCAAACAAGUACUGUGAGCUUUACCUCAAGCUCCCUGCACAGUACCACGCAGGAGAGCAGCGUGAGAGCUGUGAACGAUGCUUGCGCUCUACCUCAGUUACCCCCCACAAGCCCUUCUGACUGCACAUCUUCCACAGAGGCUCUGUACAUUGAAGAAGAAUCAGAUGGGGAAAGAGCAUCAGAGAAGGUAAAGAAGGCAGAGGAGAAAGGCGACUGGGAGAGUGUACAGCGCAGCUACCGGCCAGCUGGCUGUUCGGAUCUAACUGCAAAUGUUAAAGCAGAACGUGCUGGAGCGGGAGCUGGCGACCUAGCCCGUGCUUCUGAGAAAACUACUUUUUUAAAGCCAGUUUUGGAUUCUGCUCUGGGUGGUUCCCAAGCUGAUGUCUCUAAAGGAGAACAGAUGUGCAGUAAGACGGACAAAGAUGAGAUAGACAAACUGCUGCUGGACUUGGAGUGCUUCUCACAGAAAAUGGAGAGUACUUUGAGGGAACCCUCUCUCAAGGAGAGUGAACCUGCCCGUUUGCAGGUGUUCGGCUGGCAGGGUAGGCAGGUACUACCUCUGGCUCUUGAACCCAAAAGUAAACCCGUUGAUCCCACUAGCCCUUUGUCAAAAAUCAUGGAAACCAAUGGUCAUAAAAUGGAAGAAGAUGACAAAGCCCUUUUACUGCGUAUCCUGGAAAGCAUUGAGGACUUUGCCCAGGAACUGGUGGAAUUCCAAACAGGCAAAGGAAGCUUGUCCAAGGAGAAGGAAGUGAUGCGGAUUCUGCAGGAAACUUUAACGACUCCUUCGCAGUCCCUGCUCGCAGGGCAAAAAGGCUGCGCUGGGGCUGCCUCCAGAGACUCUGUUCCCGCUUCAAUUCAGCAGGCCCCAGAAGUCAUUAAGGUUCAAAACAAACCAGAGAAGAAACCUGGAACUUCAUCCUCAGUCCCUUUGAACUCGGUGGUUAGCCCGUGUGCUCCUCUGCCUGCGAAUAAAGCCACCAGCAGCGCCCCUUUGUCCAUAAACAUUCCACGUUUCUACUUCCCCAAAGGACUUCCGAAUGUCUGCACUAAUCACGAGGAGGUCAUCGCCAGGAUUGAAGAAGCCUUUACAGAGUUUGAGGAUGAGAAAGCAAGCAUCUGUGAAAUGGGGAAAAUUGCUAAGAUAUGUGGCUGCCCGCUCUACUGGAAAGCACCUAUGUUCAGUGCAUCAGGAGGAGAAAGGACAGGAUGUGUAUCUGUACACUCAUUUGUAACCGUGUGGAGAAAGGUCCUACGUAACUGUCAUGACGAUGCAUCCAGAUUCACAUACCUUUUAGCGAAACCCAGCUGUGACUACCUAGAGCAGGAGGACUUCAUCCCGCUGCUUCAGGAUGUGGUGGAAACACAUCCUGGCCUGACGUUCCUGAAGGAUGCUCCGGAAUUCCAUUCCCGGUAUAUCACGACGGUUAUACAGAGAAUAUUCUACACAGUCAAUCGAUCCUGGUCUGGGAAGAUCACUCUAACAGAGCUGAGGAAAAGCAACUUCUUGCAAACUCUUGCUCUCUUGGAAGAAGAGGAUGACAUAAAUCAGAUCACAGAUUAUUUUUCCUAUGAGCACUUCUAUGUCAUAUACUGUAAAUUCUGGGAGCUGGACACUGACCAUGAUCUUUACAUCAGCCAGAAGGAUCUGGCUAGGUACAGUGAUCAAGCUUUAUCAAACAGAAUUAUCGAGCGAAUAUUCAGCGGCGCUGUGGUGAGAGGAAAUGAAGUCCAGAAGGAAGGCCGGAUGAGCUAUGCCGAUUUUGUGUGGCUGCUGAUUUCGGAGGAAGACAAAAGGAGUGCUACAAGUAUUGAAUACUGGUUUCGGUGCAUGGACCUGGAUGGGGAUGGGGUGCUCUCCAUGUAUGAACUGGAGUACUUCUAUGAGGAGCAGUGUGAGCGGAUGGAAGUGAUGGGCAUAGAACCACUGCCAUUUCAUGACUUGCUGUGUCAGAUGCUUGACCUUGUUAAGCCAGAGAGGGAUGGAAGAGUAACCUUGCGAGACCUGAAGAGGUGCAGAAUGGCUCAUGUAUUCUACAACACCUUCUUCAAUUUAGAGAAGUAUCUGGACAAUGAGCAGAGGGAUCCCUUUGCAGUGCAAAAGGACAUUGAAAAUGAUGGCCCCGAACCCUCUGACUGGGACAGGUACGCUGCUGAAGAGUACGAGAUCCUUGUGGCUGAGGAGUCUGGAAACGAACAGUUACAAGAAGGAUCAUUUGAAGAAGACUAUGACGCAGAUGAAGUCUUAUCUCCCUCUGAAACUGGAGACAAGUCAGACAAACUAGUUAUCUCAGAUCUCUCAGCAUAGAGAAACGGAAGACAUGUAAUCAGUAUCUGUCAAACUGGAUAGCAGUCAGUCCUAAGACACUUAAGGGAUUUGUCUUAAAUCCCUCAUUGGAGCAAUGUGCUUUAUUUUGUACACUGUAAUUUGAGAAUCCUUUUUCUCUUCCUGUGUAACUGCAAUAAGGUAAUUUCUAUAAAAGGCUUUUUACAAUGUGUUAUUGUGCACGCUCAUUAAAAAUGGUGGUUGCACCUUG